UCCUCCUCCUCCUCCUCCUCCAUCCUUGGUGCAGAACUUAUUUGAGGAGAACUAGCAGGUGACUGGAGAAAUCCUAAUUUCACUUUUGCUUCACUUCAACUCAUAAAAAGUCGUUGAUGAUCCGCGUAACUAUGUCUCUGGCCAAAGAUCUGAUGCAUCCCAGUCUAGCAGAGGAGAUGAGGAGACACAAGAAGAAGAGGCUGGUGCAGAGUCCCAAUUCCUUCUUCAUGGAUGUCAAAUGUUUAGGCUGCUACAGGAUCACCACCGUCUUCAGCCACGCUCAGACGGCGGUGGUUUGUCCCGGCUGCUCCGUCGUCCUCUGCAGCCCCAGUGGAGGCAAAUGCAGAGUAACGUCAGGCUGCGCCUUCAGGAAGAAAUGUGCCUAACAUCUACAGGAAGGAGCAGGAUACACGAGUUUUAAAGCACUUCUUUUCCAUUUAAAUCAAUUAAACUUUAAUCAGAAUAUAGUGGCACAUCCAAACUUAAAAAAACAAAAAUCAAACCAGUCCAGACUUCUGCAAAACAUUUAUUAAAUCGACAUGAAGGGGGAGUUGAAUGAAACGUUUCAUAGUCAGAAUGACCAUCACCAACAAAAAUAAAAUCUUUGAAGAGUC